AUGGUUAGUUUAAGCUGGACAGAUGAGUUAACCGAAGAUUCAGAAUUACCCCCUGUUGAAGAAAAGUUCGAUUCAGAACGUAACAUUAAAACUGUCGUACGAUAUUUCUUCAAUGAAGACGGUGAUUUGAUCAAGGAAACUAAAGAAUAUCAAAGAGAAAAACGUGUUGUUGCUUCACGAGUAGCGGACAGAAAAAAGUGGAAAAAGUUUGGCGCUUCAAAAUCUGAUCCAUCUGGUGGAAAUUUAGCCAAUACUUACCCAGCCGAUAUAGUUACCAUGCAAAUUGUUCAAUCAAGACAGCCUGAACAAGAGCAAAAGAGACAGGAAGAGAUGAAUGUGAAAACAAAACUUGGAGAACCUGUGAUUGUUUGUAAUUAUUGUAAAGGUGGACAUUUCACUCGUACUUGCCCGUACAAAAGUGAUAUGGAAGCAAUGCAGUUGUUACAAGAACAACUUCGUGCUAAAACGGAACCUACAGAAGAAACAGCUAAAGAAUUACAAAAUGAUCGUUCUGGACGUUAUAUACCACCAUCAUUACGUGGUGAUGCAGCUAAUACUAGUGGGUCCAGUAUGUCAACUGACAAACGUCCAUUCGAUGAAAACACUGUACGUGUCACUAAUUUACCACCGGACACAACUGCAGAUGAAUUGAAAUCAGUGUUCAGUGCAUUUGGUCACGUAGUGCGCAUCUAUCCAGCAAAAGAUAAAUUGACACAACAAAACAGGGGAUUUGCCUUUAUAUCCUUCAGAACUGCGGAAGAGGCGAAAAGUGCAAUUUAUGGUGUCAAUGGUCUUAGACAUAACCAUGUUGUUUUAAAAGUCGAUUGGGCAAAACCUUCAAAUAAUUAA